GGGUCGCCCCUGGACUCGCCCCGCCAUGGGCACCGACCCCGGGGAUGCCGUGAGCCCCGGCGGGGCCCCGCUCGCCCGCUCGGCACCGGGACCGGCCGCGGGCCUCUGCCUCCGCCGGCGGAGUUGUUGGAAGUUGGCGGUGGCCACCGUGAGGCGGGCUGCUCGCCGCUUCCCCGCCCGGCGGGACCCCUGACGGCCCCCGCCCCGGAGACUCUCUCGGUUUGUCGGGAGGUUAUUUUUCGGUGUGUUUUCUUUUUAUUCUUCUUUUUCCCUUCCGUCCCGCCCGAGCCGCAGCCGGGGCGGAUGGCCGGCGGUGGGCGCAGCCGGCCUCGCCGCCUCGGCCCCGGGAAGAUGCUGGCCCUGGGGCUGCUGGCCGGCCUCUCGGUCCUCAGCCUCCUGACUUACGGCUACCUGUCCUGGGACAGCCUCCGGCUCGGCCCCGGGGAGGCGGAGGCGGCGAGGAGCGGGCUGGGAGAGGGGCCGGGGGCCGGCGACCCCGGCUCGCAGCCCCACAUCGUCUUCAUCCUGGCUGACGAUCAGGGAUUCCGAGACGUAGGGUACCACGGAUCGGAGAUCAGGACACCCACUCUGGACAAGCUAGCUGCUGAAGGGGUUAAACUGGAGAACUAUUAUGUUCAGCCUAUGUGCACACCAUCCAGAAGCCAAUUUAUCACUGGAAAGUACCAGAUACACACCGGCCUCCAGCACUCCAUUAUACGGCCAACCCAGCCCAACUGCUUACCUCUGGAUAACGUCACGCUACCUCAGAAGCUGAAGGAGGUUGGUUACUCCACGCACAUGGUUGGCAAGUGGCACUUGGGGUUUUACCGCAGAGAAUGCAUGCCCACACAGAGAGGGUUUGACACUUUCUUCGGCUCACUCUUGGGCAGCGGAGACUAUUACACUCACUUCAAAUGCGACAGCCCUGGGAUAUGUGGGUACGACCUGUACGAGAAUGACAACGCAGCUUGGGAUCAUGACAACGGCAUCUACUCCACACAGAUGUACACACAAAAAGUACAACAAAUCUUAGCUUCACAUAACCCCAGGAAACCUAUAUUCCUAUAUAUCGCUUACCAAGCUGUUCAUUCCCCUCUUCAGGCACCAGGCAAGUAUUUUGAACAUUAUCGAUCGAUCAAUAACAUCAACAGGCGAAGGUACGCUGCGAUGCUAGCAUGUUUGGAUGAAGCCAUAAACAACGUGACCCUUGCUUUAAAGAAGUAUGGUUACUAUGAGAACAGCAUUAUCAUAUAUUCUUCAGAUAAUGGUGGGCAGCCAAUGGCAGGAGGAAGUAACUGGCCUCUCCGAGGAAGCAAAGGGACCUAUUGGGAAGGAGGCAUCCGCGCUGUUGGGUUUGUCCAUAGCCCCCUUCUGAAAAACAAAGGGUCUGUGUGUAAGGAGCUUGUGCACAUCACGGAUUGGUUCCCCACUUUGAUCACCCUGGCAGAAGGGCAGAUCGAUGAAGAUAUCCAGCUGGAUGGCUAUGAUAUAUGGGAAACCAUUAGCGAAGGCAGACGUUCUCCACGGGUGGACAUCUUACACAACAUCGACCCGAUUUACACCAAAGCCAAAAAUGGGUCCUGGGCAGCUGGCUAUGGGAUCUGGAACACCGCGAUUCAGUCUGCCAUCAGAGUGAAUCAUUGGAAACUACUGACGGGAAAUCCGGGAUACAGCGACUGGGUACCUCCACAGGCCUUCAGUAACGCGGGCCCCAACCGCUGGCACAAUGAACGUGUCUCCUGGUCAGCUGGCAAAACAGUGUGGCUUUUCAACAUCACUGCUGACCCGUAUGAGCGAGUGGACCUCUCCUCAAGGUAUCCGGAUGUAGUGAAGCAGUUGCUGCGGAGGCUGUCACAGUUCAAUAAGACUGCGGUUCCCGUUCGAUACCCACCUAAGGACCCUCGGAGCAACCCGAAGCUGAAUGGAGGAGUCUGGGGUCCAUGGUUUAAGGAGGAUGAAAAGAAAAAGAAAUCAGAUAAAAGUAAAGGUACCAAUAAGCAAAAGAAGAAUAAGAACAAGAAAAAAGCAAAUCGGAAAAAAGGGCAAUCGUUACAUUGCCGUUCACGUCUUGCUGGUGGAUAGACCCUAAGCACACUUUUUUUCCAGGUCAGCUUGGCCCAACUUUCUUGAAAUUCUGACAGCAUAUACUAGAAAUGCUAGCUCUGCACUAUGGAUGAAAGUUGUCAUCUUUUAAUUUUUUUCUCUGAUUUCACCAGCACAAGGUAUCUCAACACUCUGCCUUGAGUGUACGUAAGUUUCCACAUGACAAACUCUCUCCUCUACAGGAUGAAUGGUGCUCACCCAUCACAGCUACAUUCCAUAUAAUAAUGGCGAUAACACCUAAUUUCAGUAAACUUAUUUUUGAUAGACAAAUGGUGAUUCUUUGCCUAAAUUAGUUGGAAUAUUUGGAGAGUAUGGAGAUGUGAAUGACAGAUGUUCUCAAACUGACUGAUGAUUCAUAGAGAGGAAGGAGAAACAAAACUUGAGAACCUCUGUGGGUCAGAAAGUGUUAGUCACCAACCUAUGACAUUUUUUGACACAACACAGCAAAAACCAGCCACCAGAGUAACUUUUUAGAGGUGCUGGGGAGGGAUGCGUGAUAGGAGGAAAGCUGCUUUGAAUUAGAUUUUGUUUGCCUUACGUAAAUCAGAAAUGUUUUUAAAAUUUCCUAGAUGUGCUAAGCUCCCCCCAUUUCCAGUAAAACCAGAAGGUUGUUAUUCAACACACAUGAACAGCUAGCACACGCCAUGCAUAAUUUAUUAUAGGCAUAGACAAAAAUCACACCACCAAAGUGAAUGUAAUAUUUAAACACUUUAAGAUAACUAUACAACAAUGUGUAAAAUACAUAAUUUAUUUUACAGCACAAUACUUAAUUCUCUUCCAUUAAAACUUCCAUUACUGGGUGAUGCAAGGUACCUGUUUGGGUGCUAGGGUUGUUGGGGUUUUUUUCUUUUGAUUUUUAAAUUUUAUUUCCAUUCUAUCAUUCAGAGUUUUAUUUAACAGAUCCAUAUCCUCAGAGUACUGUAAAGCAAGAAAAUACUGUAUACACUGCUAGGAUGAGAAAGGAGAAUUAUUCAGGUGCAUCAUUUCAUUAUGUAUUUGCCUCCAAUUAUUUUGAAUGUAACAAAGUGAUUAUUUAAUUUAGUAGUCACGUGAAUAUUUUUCAGUUUCUGUACAGAAGCUAGGCCAUCUUUAUGUUUGGGGGGAAAAUUCUACUUUAAGCCUUUUAUUUAUGUAUCUAUUAAAAUAGUUUAU